CGCGUCGGGACACCGCAGCGAGACCUCGCGGCAGGAAAAACACCUGUUCACUCGUCACAGCAGCCAAUUUCUUGCUCAAUCGCCUGACUCGACGCCUGCGUCUUGACCAUUUCGUCGCAAAUCCUUGCGACGCGCCGCCUCGGCCUCUUUACUGAGAUCGACGGCCUUGCCUGCUUCGGCGCCCCCCCUUUUUAUUCCGCUCCCUCAACCCUGUGUGCGACUGUCACGCGCCACAGCCAUCAUGGGUGCCCUUUACUACCUCAUGCAUCCGAACCAGUUGCGGUCCAUAAUACAAUGGAAGCUCUGGCACAACCCCGUCCACCAGCGCAAGCCCUCAGAGGAGUCGCCGGAGCUGCAGGAAUGCUUCCGCUUCCUGAACAUGACGAGUCGCAGCUUUGCGGCCGUCAUCCAGGAACUCAAUCAUGAGCUCCUUGUCCCCAUCACACUCUUUUAUCUCGUCUUGCGCGGCCUCGACACCAUCGAAGAUGACAUGACGAUACCCAUCGACAACAAGGUCCCCUUGCUGCGAAAGUUCCAUGAGACCAUGGAUAUUGACGGCUGGCAGUACCACGAGAGCCAAGAGAAGGACAAGGAACUGCUGGAGAAGUUCGACGUGGUCGUCACGGAGCUCAAAAAGCUGAAGCCCAAGUAUCGCACGAUCAUCAAGGAGAUGACGGUCAAGAUGGGUAACGGCAUGGCCGACUACGCGGAAAAUACCAAGAUGAUCGAGAACGGCGUCCAGACCAUCGAGGAGUACGAGCUCUACUGUCACUACGUUGCCGGCCUCGUGGGCGAGGGCCUAACGCGUCUCUUCGUGUCGUCGGAGCUGGGAAAUCCCAAGCUGGCCGAGCGGCCGUCAUUGACGGAGUCGAUGGGACAGUUCCUGCAAAAGACCAACAUCAUCCGCGACAUCCACGAGGACUGGCAAGACGGUCGCCGGUGGUACCCAAAGGAGAUCUGGAGCAGGCACGUGGACAAGUGGGAGGACCUGCUUGACCCCAAGUACCGCGAACAGGCAGUCAAUUGUGUGUCGGACAUGAUUCUAGACGCACUGAAGCACGCUGAGGAGUGCUUGUUCUACAUGGCGGGCAUGCGCGAGCAAAGCGUCUUCAACUUUGUGGCCAUCCCCCAGGGCAUGGCCAUUGCUACUCUGGAGCUCAUGUUCCGCAACCCCGACGUGCUCGAGAAGAACGUCAAGAUCACCAAGGGCGACGCAUGUCAGCUCAUGUUUGAAUGCACACAGAACCUGCAGACGGUAUGCGAGGUAUUCCGGAGAUAUGCCCGGAAGAUUCACGCCAAGAACGACCCUCGGGACCCCAACUAUCUAGCAAUUAGCGUGCGAUGCGCCCAGAUUGAGCAAUUCAUUGAGACGCUGUACCCUACGCAAGACCCCAAGAAGUUGACGCUCGAGAACGAGCAACGACAGAAGAAGGAACCAACUGUUGACCCGGGCGAGAACCUCAUCAUGUUUGGCAUUGUCCUCCUAUGUCUGCUGUUCGUAUCUGGCAUUAUGAUUGGAACUGCAAUGUUUUUGGGGGCGAAAUUCCCAAUCCUAUCAGACAUACUUCAGCACGCAGCAAAUCUCCUCCCGGGCAACAAGCCACCAGCAGCCGCUACGGGGCGCGACGAGUUAUAGGCGUGGCCGGCCGAUAGCCAUACUCGUUGCGAUGCCUUUUAUGUACAUAACUUGUACUAUUUACUUGACGAGACCACAUCUGGAGUAUUUUUGCAGGCGAACUAAUAAUAUGAUGCUAAUGUUGCCUCUUUGUUCAUGACCUCCUUCAUGCGGUUUCAUGUGUCGACAGGAACAGAAGACGGCCGCUUUGCGGACGCAGCACGGAUGUCAAAUUGCAAUCCAGUCCUCUGAUGACUGUGGUUGUGCCGAAGAAGUGCUAAAAUCGAACUGCAUUUGGCUUCCCCUUUGGGGCGGCGCAGCGCAGCUGGAUCUCUGAUCGCCAUGGGACGAGGCUCUGCUGGAGUGCAAACAUCUUUCGCUCUCGAGGCGCAUCUUUGUGAGAGUCGAUGUGCGUGAGAGGUGGCCCUGGUUAUGUGACUUUUCCGGGUCUGGAUGAGGCUGAGUGUGAAGUGGCCGACUUGCGAGCAGACGGUUCGCGAUGUCACCUCCUGGCAAUCCAUCCGAGACGCCUAAGAACAAUGCAAUAGGUAUCCAUUUUGACAUGUCCAAGAAUACUAGUAAUGAUAGCACGACCUUUACAAGG